GGUUUCCUUAUUCCAUAAAUACAACUUAUUGUAAAACUAUAUAUACACGUACAUGCCAAUAACUAUAAUUCUUCAUGAAUUUUUUAAAAAUUCUUUAUAAAAAAAUCGUGCAUGUCGUUAUAUACGUCUGUCGGAAAUACUUGGCUUCGAGUCAAAAAUUUAUAAUCGCGAUCUUAACAAGAAAAGUUGUACAAAAAGCGACUGAGAAGUUGCAAAGUUCGAGUUACGUCGGUUGCAAUCCCCAACUACCAAUCAACCAACCAACCCUUCUACGUCGGGACCACUUCUCGAAGCCCACUCAUAAUUACAAAACUUAAUUUGCGAAUAACGAUUUAAUUGGCACUUGAAGGUUCCUUAAAGUUCGUCAAUCUCUCGCUCCGCGUGCGCAUGCUUCUUCAAGAUUACAAGCAGUUACCGUUCCUAUAGAAAAGCAAAAUAUAUGUUAUGUGAUGUAUUAGGGUAUAGAACACAAACAGAGCAAUCCUAACGUUAGUUAUCUAUAUUCGAAUAACCUUCGUCUCCAUACCAAAUAAACAGAGGCGAGCGAAAACCUCUAGUUACCUUUCCAACAUUUCACUCGCUGUCUGUUCAUACGUAUACGUGCUGCGUUCAGCUGAUCAGCAAAAUUAAUUUGCCGCCUUAUCUCAGGCUAUAGCAUCCAAAGAUACAGCAAACAUAAAGAAGCAUUUUGAUUUUUGAAGUAAAACAAAAUCAUCUUUGUAGACGCAGGACAGGAAACGUGUGCACACGGUAGGAAUAUAUUCGAAAUAUUUUCAUAAUUGAGGGGAAAUAAUUAUUGUUGAGACACAUGACAAAGCAGUUAUCCUGCAACUACAUUAGAAUUGGAAAUUUUACUGAAUGAAGACGACAAACCCCCAGUCGUCGACGAACAGAUCAUCUUUCUUAUUGUAUUGAAAAUAUUUGCGAGUUAUAAUAAUCCACGAAAAGAAAAUGGACGAAGACGAAAAAAAUGUAUCUACAUCAAAAGUUUUCACAGAGGAGGAAGAAGUGUCAUUACUGAAGCAGAUAACGAAAUGUAGACAAUCACUUUGCAUGUGCGUAUCUUGUUCAAUGAACGAGCUAAAAAAUUUAGCUUAUCAAGUAGUCCGUGAAAAGAAAAGGCCAUAUCCUAAAUCGUGGAAUAAAAAUCAGCAGACAAACUCAGAGUGGCUGAAAAAAUUUAAAAACAGACACAGCGAUAAAAUUACAGAAUUAUUCUUGCCUAUUUGUAAAGUAGAAUUUACUCAGGCGUUGAUGAGUGAGCAACAUUUUUCAUCUAAAGAAAUGUUUACAUUUGGGCAAGAACAAGCGAUGCUGACAUACAUAAAACUGAUAAAAAAGAAUUGCAUUUGCAAAAAUUGCAUAAUGAAAGAAAUAGCAGUUGAAGCUUAUAGAAUAGCUCGCGAAAUGGGGAAAUAUUAUCCAGAGUCGUGGGAUACGGACAAACAGGCGGGAUGUGACUGGCUGAAAAGCUUUGAAGAAAGAAACAGAGAUGAAAUUUUAAAAUUAUCACCUAUUUGCGAAGCAGAAUUAUCUCAAGAGACGACGAACCGACAACGGUCCCCACUUGAAGACAUUUUUACAUUCGAGGAGGAACUUGAAGAAAUUUUUACAAUGGAGGAGGAACUAUCGUUAUUGAAAGAAGUAAAAGAACUAGCAGAAAAAGGAUUUUGCGAUUGUGUAUCGUGCGUAUUGGAAGAAUUAAAAUUGCUAGCUUAUGAAAGAGCGUGGGGGCAGAUAAAUCCAUAUCCUCUAUCAUGGGACACAAAUCAGCGUGUAGACCAUGUAUGGCUGAAUAAAUUCGUAAUACGACACGACAGCGAACUUGCAAAAAUCCCAACUGUUUGCAAAAUAAAAUUAUCUCGACCAUAAUAAUCCUGAUACUUAAAGGAAUUUUAAUAUUUAACAAGGAACGAUGGUUAUCGACACAGGUAUAAACGACGGAAAUCAGAUCAGUUUGCGAUUGCAAAAAAGUGUUUAAUAGAAGAAAUGCUAUUUUCUAGCUUAUAAAUUAGACCAUAAUAAAAAAAAGACUCAUGGAAUAAAGAUAAACAGAUAGAAGUAUUAUAACUGAAAAAAAUUUAAUAGACACACUGCGUUAAAAAUUCAAGAUUUCCGCUUGAUUGAAAAGUAGAAUUACCUCAGGCAUCGAUGAGCAUAUCUUACUCAUAAAUGGUAUAAAAUAUAAAUAAUAGUUACAUAUAAUAUACAAUUUUUUUCCUUUUGAGUUACAUA